UUGUGGUUGCAGGCGUGUUGGAGAAGAUCGAGUGCAUUGUGUGAACAUUUGGUGUUGUCACUGAGGAGGUUUUAUGGCGGGAAGUACUCGCUGGGCGGUAGUUGGACUGGCGUGUCUGCUGGUCGUGUUGGGCCUCACUCCUUCAGUCGUGGAGGCAAUCAGGCUGGAAGUAGAAUACCCGCAGACUGGCAACUACAGCUAUGUCACUCUGACCUGCAUCAUGAACGCUAUUGACGGCCUUCUUAAUCCCAACCAACAACCAGCCACGUUCUGGCGAGGAACGUCACAAAUCACCUCUGGUGGAUCUCAACUGGUGGCGGUAAUGGCGGAGACGGACGUUAGCAUCUCGUUCGUCUUCAACCAAGACCAAGAGGGAAGUUUCACCUGCAGGACCGCUCUCAACGAAGUCUCUAAUGUGGAAAAACUUGCAGUUAUGCUGGUUGAACAGGAAGAAGAUGGUGAUGAUGAUGAACAAACUCCCUAUCAUAGCCCCAUACAUCUAUGAUGCUAGGUACCAUGCCCAUCCCUAUAUACCUCACCACCAGCCACCUACGAAACACCAAUGAUGCCUCACUACAUUCUGUUUCCCUCACUCGAUCACACUCGAAAAGUCAACCUCUCCUGUGCCAUUCAACCUGGAGCUCUAAAAGACAACUACCGUGUGAUAUGGCGUAGAGUACAACCAACUGCUAUUUCUUACAGUGAUGAUACAUUCAAUAUAACAGUGACUGAAAUGACGGAGAUGUCGUCAACUCCUUCUGAGUACCGGUGUAUAGUUACCAUCGAUCACAGCAGCAUGGAAGAUGAGGACUACACACCACCUAGAAUUGUUGUUCAAAAGAGAGUACUGUCCACCCUGAGUGGUGAGAUUGGAGAUGUAUCAGUAGCUAAUGGAGAACCGGCUACCUUAGUCUGCAACGCUCUGAAAGGAGACACCUCCUUUUCAAUCAGUUGGAAGGUUGACUGUGAGACGUUCACCUGUGGUGGAACCAACGCAAGCUCGGAAAACAUUCGAUGCUACAUGAAUAAUGAAACUGCCAGUGUGCUCCAAAUAGAAAACACCAUGGCUUUGGGUGUUAGGAGCCACAGAGUGGAGUGUAUUCUGCAGAACAUCAUUCUUGAAGAGUUCCUGGGAGAUUGUGACUUGCUCCCUCAGGGCUCUUGUGAUGUCACCCAAAGUACCACUCUGGAGAUUAGCAAUGGUCCUACUCCUCCAACUGUUACUCGCAGUAGUUCCCUGACCAGUGGGUUCCCCAGUCUGGAGGAGCUGAUGAGAAAUGGCUCUCUACUUGAGAGAUAUUCAACUUAUGAUGGAGAACUGAGGUCUGUACCUGGUAUCAAGUCAACCUGCUCUGGACAUGUUGGUAAUCGGAUCAGUAAAAUCACUUUUAUAGCUCUGCCUCGUCAUCAGAAUGGGACUGGUGGUUUAACACUAAAAGUUAUGAGAAAUCCCGGUAGUUCACAUGAUAUUCAAAUUGAUCAAGACGCUCCUAGCUUUGGUGUAUUUGGAUAUGAACUGUGUAUGUCACAAAUGCCACCCGUAAUGUUCAAUGACGGAGACAAGUUAUUGAUCAGACAUGGAGGUAGUGGUCCAAUACUACUUUACCAGGUAGGAGUUGAGGAGAGGAAUAUUUGCCGGAGGUUUGAACCUGAUUCUGAGAUCUGUGAGCUUGACUAUGACUACCCCUUACUGGCCAUUGAAACAGAUCCUCCAGGGUGUAUUGAGGGACUGGUGUCAGCAUCUCAACUGAGGAGACUGUGGGAGAACAGAACUCUAGCUGUAGUCUACAGCAGACCUGUGAGAGAGAUCUCACUGAACUGUCCACCAGCCUACAUCUCAAGAAUAUUAGUGGGAGCUUACCCUUCAAUGAAUGGAGAUGGACUACCUCCAAUAAAUUUUGUGGUGGACAACGCUCAUACUUGCAGUGUCUCUACAGAACCUGCCACUGAAGGAGUCAAUGUGUAUGAGUGUGACCUGAACCCUCCAUGCAGUUGCAGUAGAUGGAGAAGUCUCACUGACUAUCAGUCAGAGACAUGCAGGUAGUCAGAUUGGCUUCCUUCACAAUGGCCAGACUGACACUCCACUCAUCUCCCUGGACGUCAGUGGAGACUGCAGCUCUAGUCAGCUACUGAGUGAGUCAGACCUACUGGAAAUGACUGCUUUCUACAUCCCCUACAUCAUUGAGAGAGAUGAUGAUGAGGUUGAAUAUGAAGACCUGAACAUCAUACAAAAUGGCAUCCUCGUGAACUGGACAUUUGUCGCAAGUAUUGGAGAAGGAGAAGAAUACCCCAAGCUUUUCAAAAUUACUCCUGAGAAAAUGGGUUUUACACAGAACAUCAUCAAUAAUAUCAACUGUACUGAGACUCCCUAUCCCAAUGUGUAUGAGUGCAGUGUGACUCCUGAGCCAGUUGAAGCUGGUGAUUCUAUUGGUAUUGUCUUGCCAGCUUAUAGGAGAGCUGGACUGCUACUCAGUUUCCUGUCCGCCGAUGGAGGUCCAAUAGGUGAGAGUCUGUUUGGAAAUGAUGAUUUAGAAGGCAUUCCCCUAAUCACAUUGGGAGUGGUUCCUAACAGUGUCACAACAUCAACCCCAAUGGUAAGUAUAAGUGUCUCUUUUAUUAUGUUCCCCUGAGAAUGACAUCUUCACUCCAUCUAUCAAUCAUCCCUAAUACCUCCACUUUAAAUUCAGCUACCACCCCAUCAACCCUUUCUCCAGCAACCUACUCCCACCACACUGUAAAAAAUAUUUGUCGUUUUUACGGUAUUUUUGUUGUUGUUACUAAUUUCGUAUUUUGAAUAUUAAUUAAAUGCCCCUAGAUUCACAGAAAUAAUGUUUAAAUGACAGUGUAAUAAUUCAGAAAUUAAGUUUACCUUAAGUAUGUUGUUGCUGUUAUUUUAACGAUUUAUGUUUGAGUGAAAACAGCAGAUUAUUAAUUAUUAUAAUUAUAACAAAUGUUUUAAUAUUACGUUUCUCCGGAUUUAACCAUUAUUAUUCAUGUUGUAAUGACUGCAUUAAUAUUGCACUUAAAAUAACAAUCAUCUGGUUGCCUCAUGUGCAAAUGUAAUACAAUUUUUUCUAGUUACCUUAACAAAAAUAUUUUACUGUGCACCCCACUCAUCAUCACUGGUUCUCCCACACAGUCAACCCCCUCUGAUAAUGGCGCAACUGAUGACCCACCAGUGACAGAAGACAGUAGUGGUGUUAAUCAUAUCGUCAUUGGAGUGUUGGCUCCUCUGUGUCUGGUUCUCCUGACAGUCUCAGUUCUAUCAAUACUGAUACUGCUGUGUGUGAGGCAAAGGAGAAGGAAAAGACCUCAACUAACUGACAAUGUUGCCUACAACAUUCACGAUCACAACAUGAAGAGAAAUGAAGCCUAUGGCACCACCAGUGGUUCAGGAGAGAGAGAUAUUCCUACGGCAACAAAUGAUGCCUACAUAUCUACUGACAUCUCCACAUCUGGCAACCCAGCGUAUGUCCCAGAAGUUAGUGGGACCAAUGCUUUGGUCUAUGACUACGCCAGACUCUGAACUGAUUGUAUAUAGCAUUUUAGCAUUAUGUGUGGUCCCAACAAUGGGGAAAAUGGACUGUA